AUGGGGGGAGUGGAAAGCCAUCUGUAUCAGCUUUCGCAGCGUCUGAUUCAGCGUGGUCAUAAGGUUAUUAUUGUGACGCAUUCUUAUGGAUCACGAACAGGCGUGCGUUAUCUUACCAAUGGCUUGAAAGUGUACCAUGUACCGACCAUGGUCAUCCAUGCCGAAGCCACACUUCCUACCAUUUACGGCUUUUUCCCUCUAUUUCGCAAUAUCAUGAUUCGUGAAUCCAUCAAUAUUGUGCACGGUCACGGUGCAUUCUCUGCCUUGUGUCAUGAAGCCAUUUUACACGGAAAGACCAUGGGACUCAAAGCCUGCUUCACUGAUCACUCCUUGUUUGGUUUCGCGGACGCCAGCUCCAUUCUCACCAACAAACUUUUGAAAUUCACUUUAAGCGAUGUCGACCACGUUAUUUGCGUAUCCCAUACCAGCAAAGAGAACACUGUGCUUCGUGCAGCCUUGUUGCCGAGAAAUGUGUCAGUGAUACCCAAUGCCGUUGUAGCGUCCCAAUUCACUCCUGAUCCUUCGGCGGCUGAUCCAAAUUGGAUUACGAUCGUUGUUAUCAGUCGUCUGGUGUACCGCAAAGGCAUGGAUCUAUUGGUGGCCAUCAUUCCAAGAAUAUGUUCAAUGCACCGUAAUGUGCGAUUUAUCAUUGGUGGAGAUGGACCAAAAAGAAUCGAUUUGGAGCAGAUGCGCGAAAAGCAUUUGCUGCAUGAUCGGGUCGAGUUAUUGGGGCCGAUCAAACAUCAUGAAGUGCGCAGUAUUCUUAUCCAAGGGAAUAUCUUUUUAAAUACCAGUUUGACCGAAGCCUUUUGUAUAGCCAUUGUGGAAGCUGCAUGCGCGGGGCUGUUUGUUGUGAGCACCAAAGUGGGUGGUGUGCCGGAAGUUUUGCCAAGCCAUAUGAUUAAUUAUGCUAUGCCCGAGGAAGAUGAUCUAGUGAUUGCUGUCUCCAAGGCAGUGCAUAUGAUACGAUUUGAGGAGGUUCAUCCAAGUCGAUUUAAUGACGAAUUGAAAGACAUGUAUAGCUGGUCUAAUGUCGCUGAACGUACUGAAAAGGCAAGUGGGUGA